UGCUGUUUUAUUUGAUUAAUGAGUAAUCAAACAGAAUGUAUGGAAUACGUACACAGCUUGUCAUACCCAUCGGGAAGGAAGUUCCCGAAAAUUUACCGAAGUUUGACAGUCCAGUAAUAUUCCUGACCAUGUUACGUGCAGCAUACCCCUACAGCUCCGAAGCUCCAACAUCAUUGAGCUUCCAAGAAGGUGACCAGUUCACUCUUCUGGAGAAAACAGACCAACACUGGUGGCAAGUCAUGAACCACUUAGGCCAGACUGGGUAUGUUCCAGCCAAAUACAUUGAGAAAGACCAAUCAUCUAAUGAUGAGGUUCUCAGAUCCAUUGACAGGGCGAUUGAAUUCAUCCAUCUGGCUUCUACUGAGAAGGGAGGGUCACUUUCACAGCAACAGAGAGAUAACCUACAGAAGCUUGUACAACAUAGACAGUCCAUUCUGUCUGGCAACACUGCGUCCUCUGAUGGACAACCCAAAAGAAAGGCCCCAGAUCUCCCAAGACAGACUUCUACUGAGCAUCGAAAAGCGCCGCUACCUCCUUCACAACAGAACUCAUCUCCCCAACGAGAACAAGCAGCAGGAUUAUCACGUUCCACAAGGACCUCAACGAAGAUUAGAGCUGCCCCAAAGCCACCCCAGAGAAACGAGAGUGUGAAGCAGAGCCCUCAAGAUCAAGCUGACUCCGGAAGUUCUAGCCAAGCAUUAGCCACCUCUACACCCAAAUCAACGAGUAAAGCCGAUAGGGAAACACCAAACCAUAGUCAAAUGCCAUCAGAACCUGUCAUACCCAAGGGACUACUUGGUGAACUGGUGGAGCAGGUUAGAAUAGAAACGGAUUUGAGCUACGACAUGUCAAAGCAAGCAGUAGGGACUGUCCUAGAGAGGGUAGGAUCUGCAGUUCCAGAGGUUGCAAAUGUCAUGGCUGCAAUUCUGUCAAGUUUAACAAAUGAUCUGAAUAUGACGAGCUCAAAUAUCAUCAUUGAAGGAAGCAGAGAUCAUGAGAGGUUAGAGGUCAUCUUUAAAGAAUUGACAGCUUGUAAAGAUGAUGCACAGCAGAGGAGUUGGGCAUUACAUGAAGAUGAAGCUAUCAUCAGUGGACACCUAGAGGAACUCAUCACAAUACUAUCUGAUGCAGAUCCAAGGGUUUGUAAAGCAGUGGUUAAGAAGGAUCACUUUGAAUACAUCCAGAAUCUGGUGUUAUACUACCAAAUGGAGCUCCGGUCAUCUCUUCGACUGCUACUGCUGAAGGUGUUUGGAGCCUUGUGCAACCUGGAUCGCGAUGCUCUGUCCAGUCUCCUAUGUUCUGUCCUCCCUGUGGAGCUUGCUAGGGAUAUGAUGACUGAUCAGGAAAACAUCCCCAAGCUCUGCUACUCGGCUCUCGUUUGUACUAUGCUGCUCUCUACUGGAGAACAGAUUCCAUUCGGUCAUUAUGACCAACUGAAUGCCGAGUUUGUAAACUACCUGUUAGAUUCCAUGGAUAACCCCCCUCCUGCUGAUGAACUAGAUCAAGUACCAGACCUGUUUGUCAACCUCAUUCUGGCCUUCAAUCUUCAUCUCAGAGUUCCUGCCGAAAGUAUUGUGAUGACAGUAUUGGCAGAGAGGAGGAGUGCAAAGACUUUCAGUGAAAAGAUCAUGCUUCUGGUCAACAGAGGAGUGGAUCCUGUGAAGGUAUUUGAUCAUUGCUCAGACACACAGGACUCUCUUCUAAAGUUCAUGGCAGACAUGUUUUCAAGUCCUGUGACCUCUGACCUCUUCUAUUCUAAUGAUAUGAAAGUACUGAUUGAUAUCAUUGUGAGGCUGAUCAAAGAUUCAAAUCCAGGUGAUCAGGUGCGCACAGAAUAUUUGUCUCUCAUCUUCAGCAUCUUCAUCAAUACCUCAUACUGGGAGGACUGCCAUAGGUUAUCAGAGCUUGAGAGUGCCUUCGUUGCCAUAGCAAUAGAAGAGGGUCAAGAGAGUGAACAGGACCAACUCAUUGUCAAAGAGAUCCAACAAAAGUUUGGGUCAAAGUUCACAGGACAAAUUUAAAGCUCUUUAAAGACCGUAGAUCUUCUUUCUUUUUAUGCCUCCAUUACGAAGUAGCCGGAGGCAUUAUGUUUUUGGGUUGUCCGUCCGUACAU